AUGACAGACCCCAUCCUCCUUCCCGACGGCACAGUCCGCCUCCUCAACGGCGCCCACAAAGGCAGAGCGGGCGACGACCGAGCCGACGAUCCCGUCCUGGAGCCUCUUCUCUACCACGCUUCCAAACCCGCCGGCAGCCGUUUCGAGAAGAUGCCCAAGACCGAAAUUCCGAGGCUCAACCCCGAUGUGUUUUACAAUGCGUACGGAAACGUCUCGAUCAAUGCUGCGUACCCCGAGUUUCAGAACAAUGGGCAUACGAGCUAUCUGCAUCAGCAGCAGAGCCCGGAUGUCAAUCAUCCGACAGAGUAUCGGGUUGAGAUUUUCGCACCGACGUAUAUGGACUCUGCCGCUCGUCCGGUGACUGAUACUGCGCCGGAGACGAUCAAGUACGGUCAACAGACCACAGUUAGUGCAUCAGGUCUGGAAGACAAGCUUGUCAAGGUCCAGCUGAGCUAUUCGGGGUUCCAUACUCAUGCUGUUGAUAUGGGACAGAGGAUGGUGGAGUUGGAAUUGGAGGUGGAAGGUGAGAAUGUGACGAUCACAGGACCUGCUAAUGCGAGUGUGAUGCCGCCGGGUGUCUACUUGCUGUGGGUCGUAGCGGAUGGGGUGCCGAGUGAGGCGAGAUGGGUUAGUUUGCAGCAGUAA